CUGGCUUUCAUGCAUCGGAAUGCUGAGGAGAGCGGCAGGAAGCUUCAGUUUUAGGGUUUUUCUCCAUACUCAAGAGCUCCUCAAUUCCUCAAAUCUCUGUAUGUGCUCAGCUUCACCUUCAUUUAUCUGUAACCAAAAUUCUUUAUUUUCAUCGUCUUCUACCAGUGGGAACGUUAGUUUAGACCUUAUCCCCGAGCAAAACCCUUACUUCGGUGCCCUGUUCCGCAAAAUAACCGAUCAUGGAUGCCAAAAUAACCAUUCAUCUCGGAAUGGAGAACCAAACCCUAGAACUGAUAGUUCUAUUGAUUCCCAGGAAUCCGUUAAAGCGUUUGAAGAUCCUUUUCAUAGCCCUGGAGGAAGUUCAGCGUCUGAAUUUUCUGAAAUGUAUGGUUUAGAUGGUCUCAGUGAAACUGACGAAGAAUCUGAUGGCGUGGAAGAUAACGACGAUGGUGAGUUCGAGGUGUUGAAUUUAUUCAAAAGAAAUGCUGAACAAAGGGAAUCUAAUGUGAGGUUCCUGGAGGAAAAAGAUGAGUCCAGGCAUCCUUUGGUUAGAGAAACCUGCAGGCUGAUUGGUCUCCGGCAUGCAUGGAAUCCAAAACUGGAGGGAGAGCUGCGGAGUUUGCUCAGGAGCCUGAAGCCCCCUCAGGUCAGUGCUGUCCUCCGCUCCCAACUGGAUGCGCGAUUGGCUGUGAGCUACUUCCAUUGGGCUGAUCGUCAAUGGAGGUACAAGCAUUCUCCGGAGGUUUUUUGCACCAUGCUUGAGAUUCUCAGCAAGACGAAGCUCAGCCAAGCGGCAAGAAGAGUUCUCAGAUUGAUGAUCCGAAGAGGAAUCACUCGUAAGCCUGAAGAUUUUGCGAAUCUUAUGGUAUCCUAUAGUCGAGCAGGAAAGCUAAGGAGUGCAAUGAGGGUACUAAAUUUGAUGCAGAAAGACGGAUGCUCCCCCGAUCUGGUCAUCUGCAACACAGCAAUACAUGUCCUUGUGAUGUCGAAUCGGUUGGAAAAGGCUCUGAGGUUCUUCCAUCGAAUGCAAAGGGUUGGGAUUAAUCCUGAUGUUGUCACUUUUAAUUGCUUGAUUAAGGGAUUCUGUGAUGUUCACCGUGUUGAGGAUGCAUUAGAAAUGAUCAGGGAGAUGCCUUUUAAUGGCUGCCCUCCAGACAAAAUUAGUUAUUACACAGUGAUCACCUUCUUAUGCAAAGAAAACAGGGUUGAAGAGGUCAGAGAGUUGCUACAGAAGAUGAAGACUGAUUCCAAUUUGAUUCCUGAUCAAGUCACUCACAAUCUCCUGAUUCAUGUCCUCUCGAAGCACGGACACAGUGAUGAAGCUUUAGGGUUUCUCCAUGAAUCAGAGGAGAAAGGUUUUCGUGUUGAUAAGGUUGGCUAUAGCGCAAUCAUCCAUUCCUUCUGUAGAGAUGGAAGAAUGGAAGAGGCAAAAGAGAUUGUCAAACAAAUGAUCUCAAAGGGGUGUCUUCCUGAUGUUGUAACCUACACCGCCAUCGUCAACGGAUUCUGUCGCAUAGGAAAAGUAGAUCAAGCGAGAAAGUUGAUGGAUUAUAUGUAUAAGAAAGGAUGCAAACCUAAUGCAUUCACCUACACCGCAUUGCUGAAUGGACUAUGUCGAAUUGGUAGUUCUGUUGAGGCAAAAGACAUGUUGAACAUGAGCGAAGAAGAGUGGUGGACGCCAACUGCCAUCACCUAUAGUGUUGUGGUGCAUGGACUGAGGAGAGAGGGAAAAUUCGCGGAGGCUUGUAAUCUAAUCAUGCAAAUGAUCAAAAAUGGCUUUUUUCCUACACCUAUUGAAAUUAAUCAACUGAUUCAUGCACUUUGCAAGGAUGGGAAGCCAAUUGAGGCCAAGAAGUUUAUGGAGGAUUGCCAAAGUAAAGGUUGUACGAUCACCACGGUAACCUUUACCACAUUGAUUCAUGGAUUUUGCCAGGCCGGUGAUUUGGCAUCUGCUUUAUCUUUGCUCGACGACAUGUUCCUCAGCAACAGACAUCCUGAUGUUGUGACUUACACGGUCAUAAUUGAUGCACUGGGAAAGAAUGGGAAAUUUGACAAAGUAUCGGAACUCAUGAAAACUAUGCUAAAUCGAGGUUUAGUUCCCACACCUAUCACUUACAGGGCAGUAAUCCAUAGGUACUGUGCGAGAGGAAGUGUAGAGGAACUACUGAAGUUGCUUGAUAAAAUGCUAGCGAGGAAGGGGUUUAGGACUGCAUAUAAUCAGGUCGUUGAGAAGCUUUGUGGUUUUGGUAGACUCGAUGAGGCUUAUAAAGUUAUAGGAAAGGUUUUAAGGACUACCUCAAAGAUAGAUGCUGACACUUGCCACAUCUUGAUGGACUGUUUUUUGAGGAGAGGCGUUCCCUUACUUUCUUAUAGAUUGGCGUGCAGGAUGUUUAGGAGAAAUUUGAUUCCAAAUGUUAAAUUGUGUCAGAAGGUGAGUGAUAAGCUUCUCUUGGACGGAAAGCCCGAUGAGGCAGGAAGGCUUAUGGUAAAGUUUGUUGAGAGGGGUCAAUCUCUGGCAUAGCACCCCUACUAUUAUCUUAUUGUCAAAAUAGACCCUUGAACUUUGGUUUGCUGGUCUGCAAAGACAACUUAGUAGUGAAACUAAGAUUUGAAGUGAGAGGGGUUAGAAUGUAAAGUUCUGAGUAUGGCGCCUUGUCUGUGAAGAAAGUAAGAAGAGAUUUUGCAAGUUACAUCUUCAGUGAAAUUCAUAUAAAAGAGAUGCCUCGAUAGACUGUAAUCCAGGUGGCCACAGGUGCUUAUCUUUCAAAAUCAGGUAUUGUUUGUUUGGAUGUUUCGGGUUGAGUUCCGAACCAAACUGAACCGCAUAUUAUGCACGUUUGAAUCGAGCGUUCUUCUGAACGUGUCCCCGACCGUGGUGCCUCUUUCGUUUAAUCCCGACUGGAGGCCCCUAGCUGCGUCUCACUUUCAAGAAAUUUUUUUUCUUGAUUAUCCCAAGCACAGCCGUGCCCUAGCUUUUCUCACCCAGCUCCUCUUCGCAAUAACAUCACAUCCUCGCAAUGGUAGCUUCAUGUUUCUCUGCCGCCGAGAGAUCACAGGUAUUGUUUGUUUGGGUAUUUCGGGCUGAGUUCCGAACCGCAUAUUAUGCACGUUUGAAUCGAGCGUUCCUCUGAACGUGUCCCCGACCGUGGUGCCUCUUUCGUUUAAUCCGGACUGCAGGCCCCUAGCUGCGUCCCACGUUCAAGAUUUUUUUUUUCUUGAUUAUCCUGAACGCAGCUGUGCCCUAGCUUUUCUCACCCGGCUUCCUCUUCAUAAUAACAUCGCAUCCUCACAACGGUAGCUUCAUGAUUCUCUGCCGCCGAGAGAUUACAGAAAGAAAGUAUGCUCAUAAUCAAGGUUCCUAUCAUAUGAAGAUGCAUUCAAUGUAAUUUUGAUUACUUAAUUGAGAUCAGAUCAUUUUUAUAAGGCCAACAUUCUGCGCUAUAAAGCAUUGCAAUUCUCACAACCAUCUUAUAAAAUUUCUCUUCAAGUUUAAGAGAUAAGCAGAAUAUGAAGUAGAAUGUGCCUCACAAAGCAUCUCAUGUUGAAGCUCAAGUUCAAUAUUGGUCAGGAUGACACUGAGAUUUCAGGACCGGGCAAGCCUGGUGAGUUGAGUUUAAAAAAAGUGUUCAUGUUCAACACGUAUGCUUUACAAAUAAAUAGAGCAUGAGCUAUUUAAGUUGAUCACAAAAUAUUUAUGAACAAAAGAAUUUUGCGCUUUAUUUUAUCAUAUUCUAGGGAAGCUUUAUUUUCCAUUGAGGAAACAAAAAAGGAAAUGUGAAGAUGUUCCUAAUUUUCAUCAGGAUGUGUAUGA